CAGACCACAAAUCACAUGAGCAGUGAUCUGUUUACAAACUGAGCAGCAGAGAAGUGCUCGACACCGUUUUCAGGACCCAAGGCUGGAGAAGAAGAACUGGGAAACACUGGACCUGAACACACAUACAGCGUGGGUGCUUUUUCUGAAGGCUGGUUUUUCGCUGUUUCUCCGCUCCAUUGUGCUUUUGGAGGGGAGAGAUCAGUACAGAUGGUGACAAGGAUACCGAGUCGUCACCAGCACAAUGCCACUCGCAGCUUGAAGGGGCUAUAUUCACACAGGCACUCACUCUGACUGCAAUGUCAGUGUCUCUUCCUUUGUUACUAGGGAAAAGGGUUGAUUAGAACAAGAAGACUGUUCUCAAAAAAGGACAAGAGAAGCAGGUGGGCUUGAGAAAGGUGGUAGAUGCAGGAUGGGGAAGGGCGAGUCUUGUGAAAAUGUUCUGAAUGUAGACAAAGCAAUGCAGUGAUUACCAUUCUAUGCUCGAAUAUAUGUUCAUUUAAAAAGACAUGAAUCUGAUGGUGUUACUAUGAUGGUAUGCCAAUAAUAAUAAGUUCACUUUUUACUAAAGUCUAACCUAUGUGGAAGGAAAGCUACAUAGGCAACAUGCUUGAAGCACCAAAAUCUUGGCUUUGGCAAUGGAACACGACACUGGACAAAAGAGAUCGUCAAAGCAACACCAUUUAAUAUGUGUCAUUUUGCCUGUAUUUUUUCAUGAAAUGUUUGAUGUCAAAUAAAUAAAGUGGCGAGUUCAGAGCCAGUGCCAGUUUAACACUGAACAGUGAGUGACUUGCCUUUAUGGACAUUUCAACCAAGAAAAACAAACCUGCCCUGCCUGCAUGCAAACGCUCAGUGGAAUGUGGUGGGUGCUCUUAAUGUUUUAAACAGAGACUGUGAGGAUUUUUUCAGCUGUACUAUUGUCUGUGGGGGCUUUGGGAAGACAGAGUUCAGAUUACUUAUCUGUUCGAGGGGAUCUACUUUAUUGGCUCAUUUUGACUCAGACUCUCUGGAACCCAUUACUGAUUCACUGGAUCUGCUGGAGAAGCCUCUCGCCUUUCAUGAACCCUAUCCAGUGGUGUAACACGAUAGGGCACAGAGGUUUGUCUCCCUGGCAUCUGCAACCUACUGGCAGAGAAUUGGGUUAGAAGUACGCAGCUGUUCAUCACAUACAGAUGUAUCGGUUUAACUAAAGGUCGAUUCUAAUGGGCCAUUUUUCUGCUUGGCGGACGACGCCCAGCUGCUGCUACACUAGCGCAGCCUGUUUACAUUUAUGAGAGGAUGCCUGUGUGACUUAGAACUGCAGGUGUACGACUGCAAAAUGACCAGCGAUACUACAUACCACCUUCCUCUGAAUGUCUACGUCAUCAUCCUCGGGAUUGGCCUUUUCAUCUUAAUGCUGAGCAUGAUUUUCUGUUGUUACCUGUUCAGCUUGAGACGACAGGGAACGCGGGAAGAGUAUGGCUAUGCUGAGGUGGUGCUAAAAGGAGCAGGGAAGAAGCUAAGCCUUCUUGGACAGACCUGUGCUGUUUGCCUGGAGGAAUUCAGGAGCAGGGAGGAGCUCGGGGUAUGCCCCUGCUCGCAUGCUUUCCACAAAAGGUGUUUAGUGAAGUGGCUAGAAAUACGAAGUGUCUGCCCAAUGUGUAAUAAACCCAUCUGCAGGAUCCAACCUGACCCUUCACAGAGUGCUGAGAUCCUUGCAAACCCCUUGGGUGUGUGAGAUGCCUUGACAAGCGAAGAAAGAGGAAAGAGGCUCUUCUGGCAUCAAAAUCGCUCAGCUUCACUUGGGAAUGAUGUUUAGAAAACAGUCUCACUUGAAGUCAUGUGCCCCACUAUCAUACUCAACUGUGUCUCUUUCUACACUGUUGAACACUGGUAAAGAGUUUUACAAUCAACAUAAUCUGAAGGUUUGAUUUAAUGCACUAUGCAUUUAGCCUUAAUAAAAAGAAGCCAUAUAAAAGUCCUGGGCCAAGAGAGGGAAAAAUUGGCUUUUAGCAGAUAUUUGUUGUAAAUUAGGUUUGACAAGGUGCAUAUAACAUGGAUGCACUGAGUAGAUACUGCACAAUAUACGUAUAUGCAUACAGCUUAUAUUGCAAUGGCAGGAGAAACUAUAUUACCCGAGAUCAAUAAGGGAUCAUAAUAGGAUAAGUUUCAGAAUGGAGAAUUUUAGAGACCCAACCCUGGUCCUGAAGGUUCAUGACCUUAAAAUGGUUUUCCCUUACCAAGAUGUUUUCAUAUUUUGCUGAAUAAAUCAAUCACAGAAGAGCUACUGGAGGUGAAAAACCUAAAAGACUUUUGAAUGCCUGCUGUCAUGGCAGCUUGUCUGGAUGAGAUUCUUGUGAAUUGUGAAGUGGAGUUUGGGUAGUCUUUAAAUUAUUAGUAGUUAUUUUAUAUUGUAAACAGCUUUCAAUAAAGUGUAACAUUUCCCUUA